CAUCGCGCAUGCGCAACGUCGUGUAAACAGCAGCAGCUGGGAGUAGGAGAGACACGGGGCGCACUGGGGUGUGGAGACCGGCGCAAACCCCCUCAGCUACGCAUCCACCGCCUAACUGCAAUAAAAAGCACAAAUGAAGACAGCCGAUUAGAUCUGUCAGCGUCAGUAAAUUAUGCUGUUAGCUGUUACUGAUAACGUUACGUGAGAUCGAACUGAGAAGAGGAAAAAUUAGCUGUCAUAACGUUAGCUGACCCUGAGCCAGAGUCCUGUAGCAAAACCAACCAGCGACGUGCCAAUCCCUGUUUGUUGUGCCACUAGUUUGUUUGCUAGAUUUAAUAUUACAGAAUAAUAUAGUUAGGAUGUUUUAGUCGUAAACGUUUGGGAUGAGAUCGCAGUUAGCCGUCUUGCUAGCUAACGUUAAGCAGCCAUUAGCCGGCAUUGGCACCUGUUCGUAAGGGUUAUCUGGCUAACCAUCUCGUUUCAGUUCCUGCCUUGCGGUUGCAGUUCUCAGCUUGUUUUGAGAAAGUUUAGAUGACAACUGAUCGCUUUUGUUUUGAUAUGUGAAAGAACUGAAGAACAUACGUACUGCCCUCAGGAUUACCUGGCGACAAGGCUGAAGGGCCAUCUGAUGUUUAGUCAGAAUAGUUAAGUUAGCGAGAUAACGCCCGUCAUUUUAAUAGCCAGUUUUGAAAGACUUGAGUUGUCUGCUUAAAACGCUAACUAGCUGGUUGUAUCGAGAUCGGCCGCGACGCUUUGUAAAAAGCACAUUGAUUUAGCCAGCUAGGUUCUAGCUACUAUCGCAAAAUAUAAAAUUAAGAGUUUUAACUUUAUGGGAUGAUCUGCUAAACCGUUCCGUUUAUUUGCACUGUGGACACUACAGCGACGUUUAGUUGGGUGUUUGCUUGUGGAAUAGGACUUUUGGAAAUGACAGAGUGAAAGCAGACCCUGUCUGCUAGCUGCGGAACCGGACAGUUUCCCAAAAGCGAAGCGAGAGCUGCUCCAAUCGGGCGCUUUAACGGCUGGCUGGAUAGCUUGCGAUCUAGCUAGCGAGCUCUUCAGAUGUUAACAGAAAACAGGAAGCGCCGGCGCAGCUGUGGCAGUGAGGAGGGACAGCUUCCGCCUCUGGCCAAGAGGUCGGGGGGCGGCCAGGCCCUGCUUCCGGAACCGGCCGGCGAUGUGUGGGACUCAGAGUCAUCCAGCAGUGACAGUAGUGGGAUCAGUAGCCCAGAGCAGACAGCAGGGGGCAGCAGCAGGAGGCAGUCCAGCCCGAGCCCCGGCAGUCCGGCAAACUCCGCCCCCCUUUCCGAGGAGCGGGUGCCCGUCGGCCUGGGGUCCUACCACCACAUCAACCGCAUCCUGCGGGAGGCGCACUUCAGUAGCCUGCUGACGCGGGGCCAGCCACGGGCCACAUGAUGGCCCCCUGGGGCCACGUGACCCCCACCCCUGGGGCCACGUGACCCCCACCCCCGGGGCCAUGACGUCCUGUUUACCGCUCCGCUGCUUCUGCGGUCUCCCAGCAGCACUUUAUCGGCUGGUUCUCGGUGUUAAUGUUUGUCAUGAGUGGGGUUGUAAUUCUGUGGCACAUUAAUCUCUACAUGGGUGCUAAUUCUCAAAAAAAAAAAAAAAA